CAGCAGCCAUAUAAAAACAUGUCCAAUGCAGGAGUGAGAAGAAAUGAGCAUUUCUUGUACUGCUUUUGUCAGAGUUGAGACAUUUCAGAGAGAGUCUGCUGUGUCUGAAGGCACAAGAGGAUACUCAGCAUAACAAGCAAAGACAACCAUGGCAGUUCUGAGGAUUACGCUUUGUGCUGCCUUCAUGGUGACUCUGGUGCUGUCCAAACCAGUCUGUGUAAGUAACUGUGAGGAUUCAUCAGAGUCCAGUGAGGCAGACUCAUCAGAGGAGACUGCCACUCACGUCGAGCCUUCACAGGAGCCCCUGCAGCCAGCGUUCACAGAGACAGACAUGCCUAAUGCCAUUGAAGAGACGAACUCCCUGGAUGCUGCAGCCCUACUUCCCUCUGCAGACCCAGGACCUUCACCAGCUACACCUGAUACCUCAGCCCUGCCAAACACCGAGGACCCACAAACCUCCACUGACACAGUGCCUUUACAACUCAUGCCAGAUGAUCCAUCACAAACUGCUCUGGGUGCAGACUAUCCUCAGGACAUGCCCGAUUCUGAUCCAGCACAGGACUCGCCUAACACUGACAAUGUGCAAGGUCUACCACAUACAGAGGUCUCACGACACCCAGGGCUUACAGAUACAGUCAUAGCUGUUGGUGGCACAGAUCAACCACAAGUUACCACCACCACAACCACCAUCACCACAUACCAGAGAUUCCCCCAGGGUGCCACUCCACCCUUUCCUCCACAUAUAAUCAAACCAACACCUCCACCAUUCCACAGAGCCCCACCCCUGCCAAUCCCCAUUGGCACCGCUCUGACUGGUGUUCCUGUUUGUUUCACUUUCCAGUUUGCAACCACUGAGCCAGAGCCACCUAGAGGAGACAGCAUUUGACCCUGUCAGGAACAGUUAUCCAUUUCAGUUGUAGUUCUAUUUUAGGUUUAGUUUUUAGUAAGUAGUGCUGUCUUGAUACUUUAUCAUUGUACUAUCAGGUUCAGAUAUCCAGAGUGUGCCUGACUUGAUGUGCAUUCCCUUCAUUCGUAGUUAAUUUGUUAUAA